GGUUGGGAGAAAACGAUAGGAAAUAGCUGGCCCUGAGCCCUGGUUAUGGCCUGUGUUGUUUAUAUUGGAUCUUGAAUUGACAAAAGUGUCAAAAUCAGACCAACAAGGGAGACCAAGAAUCUAGCUAAGUGUUGUUAAAAGAGAUAAAAUAAUUGAAAAGGACUGUUGACCUCAAAUCCAAACGGAGGGCGCAUAAAGCAAAACGAAAAGGCAAAUCCCUAAGAAACGAUGCCUGCCAACAAUUAGCUGAGAAGUGAGGAGUCAUUUUUCGGACACGUCUCCGCGCCGUAAACUCAAGAACUGUUCAACAAAGUGACAUCAUUGUAGCUUUGUCUGUGAGAGUUGUUUCUCCGGCUGGAACCACCCUGGGUUUCUGUUUGGAUGCCGAGAAAUCGUAGGAAAAUAAAAGAAAAGAGGAAACUUUGACUCCGGCAGGGACCACUCAAUCUUCUUUGACGAAUAUUAGACUUGGGUUUUUCUUUAUUUUACGGAAACCGAAGCUCACUUGUUCAAAGGUUUUGUGUCGAGGCAACCAAACGCUUCACAUAGCCAACAAAUGGCCUUUGCUCGUCGGUUCGCCUCGUUGACUGAAUUAUCUUUGCCUUUUCAGCAGCACCGCUUUCUGGCUCCUCAAUUUUAUCUAACUUUCAGUUCGAAACAUAGUCUUAGAAGAAUUUCGUCGAGGAUCUGCAACUUCCAAAAUCCAAGCUUUGUUCUUAAGAAAAGACAAGCAAAAAUAAAAGUAUCUAGGCUGUUCAAGUCGGUGCAAUUGGACCAAUAUUUAACGAGUGACGAUGAAGACGAAAUGAGUGAAGACUUUUUUGAGGCAAUUGAAGAAUUAGAGAGAAUGGCAAGGGAACCCUCUGAUAUUCUUGAAGAAAUGAAUGAUAGGUUGUCAUCAAGAGAGUUACAGUUAGUUUUAGUUUACUUUUCUCAAGAAGGGAGAGAUUCAUGGUGUGCACUUGAAGUCUUUGAGUGGCUCAAAAAGGAGAAUAAGGUUGAUAAUGAGACAAUGGUACUUAUGGUUUCAAUUAUGUGUCGUUGGGUCAAGAAGCUGAUUGAAGGAGAGGCUGAUGUUAGGGAUGUGGUUGAUCUCCUUGUGGACAUGGAUUGCGUGGGGUUGAAACCAGGUUUUAGUAUGAUGGAGAAGGUGAUUUCAAUGUAUUGGGAGAUGGAUAAGAAGGAGGGAGCCGUUGUGUUUUUGAAGGAAGUUUUGAGACGGGGAAUUUCAUAUGAAGAUGAUGAUGGUGAAGGACAAAAAGGAGGGCCGACUGGUUAUCUUGCUUGGAAGAUGAUGGUCGAGGGUAACUACAGGGAUGCCAUCAAAUUCGUUAUAGACCUUAGGGAAUCUGGAUUGAAGCCUGAGAUUUACAGCUACCUCAUUGCAAUGACAGCAAUAGUCAAAGAGCUGAAUGAAUUUGCAAAAGCCUUGCGUAAGUUGAAAGGUUUUGCAAGGUCUGGUUUAGUUGCUGAACUUGAUAUGGAAAAUGUAGAGCUUAUAGAAAAGUACCAAUUUGAUCUUCUUGCUGAUGGAAUAAGACUUUCUAAUUGGGCAAUUCAAGAAGGAAGUUCUUCACUUUAUGGUUUGAUUCAUGAGAGGCUUCUUGCCAUGUAUAUAUGUGCUGGUCGUGGACUUGAAGCUGAAAGACAGCUGUGGGAAAUGAAGCUUGUUGGUAAAGAGGCUGAUGGAGACCUUUAUGACAUCGUUUUAGCUAUUUGUGCUUCCCAAAAGGAGGCUAAUGCCAUAUCACGGUUGCUUACUAGAAUGGAGGUUUCAAGCUCUCAACGUAGGAGGAAAACUUUAUCAUGGUUAUUGAGAGGUUACAUUAAGGGAGGGCAUAUUGGUGAUGCUGCAGAAACAGUGGUUAAAAUGCUUGAUUUGGGAUUAUAUCCAGAAUAUUUAGACAGGGCAGCUGUUCUGCAUGAACUGAGGAAAAGGAUCCAACAGCCAGGAAACAUUGAAACUUAUAUUAAUCUCUGCAAACGACUAUAUUAUGCGAGUUUGAUUGGACCUUGUCUUAUGUAUCUAUGUAUAAAGAAAUAUAAGCUAUGGGUUGUAAAAAUGCUUUAAAGCUGAUGAAUGGAAAUGAAAAUCUUGAACCCUGAUUUUUUUUAGAAUUACACUUUCUGGGUCAAGCAUUCAUUGGCAAAGCAUAGGAGUUUCAUAAACCGGAAUUUUGUAUAGUUUUAGAUGGCCCUAGAGCAAAUAGGAUGCUGAGUAGAAAAUAUGCAGACCAACUGUGAACACUGGAAAUAAAUGGUGAGCAUUUUGUUCUUGGGGUCAUUUAAAUGCGUGUAUGUAUUGUGGCUACUGUAUACAUAGUAAUAAAGAAUUUUCACCAAUGUAACUAAUGAGCCUACGCAUCUUCCUACAGAUAUGUUCUUGCAUUCUUCUUCUUAUCCCUUGAAUGUGUUGUAUUUGCAAUAGAGCUUCAUGUACAUAUUUUGCUAGUGUCCGACAUGUUAUAAUCAGCUUCUGAUUUGUUCUGGUUCCAGCUAUCUCACUUUAUUUGCAGCAUAAAAUGAGGAAAGAGACUAUUUAAUCUACAUUAAUUCCUUGUUACACA